AUGACGAGGGAGGCUUUUAUUCCUCUCCUUGUCACCAUGAUGCUGGUGACAGGAGUCUGCAACACGAUAUUGAAUAAAUACCAGGAUAUGCAAUGUGUCAGAAAUUGUGACUCUCCGAAUCCGAGCGACCGCAAGCUGUUUGAGCAGCCAGUUAUCCAAACCACUCAAAUGUUCGUCGGCGAGAUGGGCUGCUUCCUUGUCGUAUUUCUAUCUUAUCUUCAUACUCGAUUUGUGGUUCCCCGCACAUCUUCCGCGCCUCUGUUCGCCGGUGGUUACCAGACCAUCAACAGCGAUGAACCCCUUCCAUCCGAAUAUGCGGAUGAAGAAGACGAGACGGAAGAGCGUCAGGACAUUGAUAACCGACCCGAUCCACGAAGUACUACCAAAGCACUUUCUCAAGCAGACGGCAAUCGCUCAAAACUGCACGGCUGGCGAGUAUUACUACUUGGCGCGCCUGCAUGUUGCGAUAUUCUGGGAACAACUAUGAUGAACGCUGGUCUCCUAUUUGUGGCUGCUAGUAUUUAUCAGAUGACCCGUGGCGCGCUUGUGCUUUUCGUGGGCCUCUUUAGUGUGUUAUUUUUGCGCCGCAAGUUGUAUCUGUACAAAUGGCUUGCGCUGGUGGUGGUUGUGGUAGGUGUUGCGAUUGUCGGGUUGUCUGGUGCCCUGUUCAGCGGGGACGGGCAAGGCGCUCAUGACCCUGUAGAUGUCGUUGCAUCUACAGCCCGCACCCCUGAAGCGGUCAGAGUUAUUAUCGGGGUUUUGCUCAUCGCCGCAGCACAGAUAUUUACUGCUUCCCAAUUUGUGAUCGAAGAAUGGAUCCUGGAAAAUUAUUCUAUGGCUCCACUGGCAGUAGUGGGAUGGGAGGGCGUUUUUGGCUUUUUGGUCACUGUGAUUGCUAUGAUCAUUCUGCAUUUGACUGUCGGUUCAACGGAGACUGGGCAGUAUGGAUAUUUCGAUUUGGAAGAGGGCUGGCGACAGGUUACUUCUAACAGAGCGAUUGCCGUAUCUAGUUUCUUGAUCAUGAUAAGUAUAGGUGGCUUCAACUUCUUCGGACUCUCCGUCACAAAAGCAGUCUCGGCAACAACCCGCAGCACCAUAGAUACCUCACGAACCCUCUUUAUCUGGAUGGUGUCAUUGGCACUAGGCUGGGAGAGUUUCAAGUGGCUUCAAGUCUUGGGCUUCGUGUUGCUGGUUUAUGGUACAUUUUUGUUCAAUGAUAUCAUUCGUCCACCCUUGAAGGCAUGCCUGCCAUCAGUGCGCAGACAGGAUGAAGAAUUGCUGCCUGAGGAGCCGAUUGAGCAUCUCUGA